CCCGAUCUUUUUUUUUUUUAUUGACUCAUGUUGCGCAAGAUCUUGACACCUUCUGCUCUUAAGCUGACAAGAGCAAGUCAAUUCACUACACUCCGUAUUGCCCGCCCUGUUAGUUUUCUUGCCAAGCAAGAGAUUCGUCCUCGGAUCUUGUCUGAUCUCAAGAUCCCUCUCUUUUUGAAUACCCGGUCUUUAAGUACUCAACCUGCCCUUGAAGAAGAAGCAACCAUUGAACCUGUUGAAGAAAAGAAACGAUUUGAUGCUAUCGAUGCUAUUCAUGCCAAUACCCAAAAAGCACUUGCCAAGGUCUUUCAGUACCAAGAAAUGUCUACUGUACAAGAAGCCGUACUUUCUCGCUUACCUGCACAACACGAUAUGUUUGUCAAGGCCAAGACAGGUACAGGCAAGACAUUGGCUUUCUUGGCAGCGGCCCUGGAGACAGCCACGGCAGGUCAAUCCACACAAGACAUGAGACAUUUUGAAGGGACUAGUAUCAUGGUCAUCUCACCUACUCGAGAAUUAGCCAACCAAAUUGCUGAAGAAGCCACUAAACUCACCAGCUUCUAUCCCUUCAAGGUCCAUUGUCUUGUCGGGGGUGAUUCCAAGCGUCGUCAAAUCAUGCAAAUGGAGCGUCGUCGUUGUGAUAUUGUGGUUGCCACACCAGGCCGUUUGCAAGACAUGUUGUCUUCUGUCCCUCGCUUCAAGAAAAUGUGUGAACACUUAAAAGUGCUUGUGUUGGAUGAAGCAGAUCAAUUGUUGGAUAUGGGAUUCAAGGCUGAAUUACAGCGUAUUUUGAACCAAAUCCCUCAACAGCGUCAAACCAUGUUAUUCUCGGCCACCAUGUCAGAUGAGAUCCGUGAUAACCUAGGCCAAUUUGCUUUGUCUCCCAACUACGAAUUGAUUGAUACUGUAGGUGAACAUGAUGUGAAUACCAAUCUCCAUGUCAAACAAUCCGCUGUGGUUGCUCCUUAUCAAAACCAGUUUGCUGUCUUGCGUGACUGCCUUCAACACUAUGCAGCAGCUCAAAAGGGUAAAGUGAUUGUCUUCUUGCCUACCACCAAAUCCACCAUGGCUUAUGCUCAUAUCUUUAAGCAACUGUUACCUCAUCGUCAAAUCUAUGAAAUUCACUCCAAAAAGGGUCAAGAUCAACGAUCUCGUAUUGCCGAUCGUUUCCGUAAGUCAAGAGACAGUAGCAUCUUGUUUACUUCGGAUGUCUCUGCCCGUGGUGUUGAUUAUCCUGGUGUCUCGCUUGUCCUUCAAGUAGGUAUCCCUUCUUCUCGGGAGCAAUACAUUCAUCGUCUUGGCCGUACGGGUCGCGCUGGUCGUGAAGGUGAAGGCAUGAUCUUACUGGCUCCUUUUGAAAAGACCUUUUUAGAUAAAGAAGUACAAGAUUUGCCUAUUGAACGUAUGGAUCCUCCUCAAGUGACUGAAGAAGAAGCACAUCAAGUCAACCAAGUGGCUUAUGAAGCCAUUCAAUCCAUGGAUACAGAUAUGGUCAGAGAACUCUAUACUGCUUAUUUGGGUUAUUAUUCAGGCCAAAUGGCUACUUUGGGACAGCGUCGUACGAUGGCAUUGACAGAGGCCAGCAAGUUCCUUUCAGGUUUUGGUGUACAAGAAGCUCCUUACCUUAGUCCUAAAUUCUUGACUCAAUUGGGUUUAAAUGAAAGCAACAACAACAAGAGUCGAUAUGGCAGUAGAAACAACAGUUUCCGUGAUGCUGAUCGUCGUCGCGAUAGUUUUAGACCACGUGACGAUGGCUUUAGAAGCAGAGACAAUGGCUUUAGAAGCAGGGACAAUGGUUUUAGAAACAAAAGCAGUGGCUUUAGAGACAGAGAUGACAACGAAUUCAGAAGCAGUGGCUUUAGAAGCAGAGAUGACAAUGAAUUCAGAAGCAGUGGCUUUAGAAGCAGAGACGACAAUGAAUUCAAAAGCAGAGACAAAUCUCGCAGUGAUUUCAAGACUAGAUUUAGAGAUGAUGAUUUCAAGAGCAGAGAUAGAUUCAAGUCAAAUUCUUCUGAAUCUAGACGUUUCCGCCGUGAUUAAACACAGGCUAUGUAAAUAAUUUUAUUCAUAAAAAUCUAUCUUCUUUGUGAUAUUGGAUAUGAAGGGACAGGCAUCAUUCGCUGUUGUUGUUGUUGUUGUUGUUGUUGUUGUUGUUGUUGUUGUUGUUG